UUUUAUUUAAUAAUUUUAUUUUACAUCUCAAUAAAUUCUGGGAUUAAGAAGGUUUUUGCUAAUUUUUUUUUUUUGUCUUGGGUGUCAUUGCAAAGCCCUAAUGAGUCAUAAAAAAAAAAAACCUCUGAGGUAAGACACUGAAGAAAAAUUGGGACACCUCCCCAUCAUAACAAGUUGAUUAAUUUUCAUCACUUUUUCAUGACAUUACUGAUUAUUCAAAUAAGCUCUUCAUUGUUUUGCGUUGUUCUAAUAAUUUUUGUUUCUGUUCUUGCGUUCGGGGAGAAAGCAGGACCUAGAAAUCUAAGAUUAUAAUUUUCAUAUUAAGUUAAAGAACUUUAAUCUAGAUUUUUUUUGAUCAUGAAACGGACUUCACGGAAUGUAAUUUGUCAAUAAAGUCGCAUGGUGGUGCUGUGGAACAAGAAGGCGAUUAAAAGAAUUGUAAAUUCUGCAGACUCCAUUACCAAAACAAAGAGAGAUCCGGGAGAGAAGACUCUGCAGGUUUUAGCAAAAACUAAGAUGUUUCCAUAAGGGCUGUUCAGAUUACAAAUAAGGAGUAGAGUUCUUUUCAAGAAACGAGAUUAACACUACCAGGAAUUUCUCUUCUUGAAAGGAUUAUGCGUUGUGCACCCACCCAAACAAUGGAAACUGCGCUAGGGAAAACUCAGCGGAACAGGCAAGUGAUGUUCUUUAUUGUAGCUUUUCUCUUGUCUGGGGCGGGUUCCGAUCCGGGGAGGUUUUUUGUGGCAGAGGAAAUGGAAAGCGGCUCCUUUGUGGCCAAUGUAGUAAAGACCCUUGGGAUGGGAGUGGAAGAAUUGUCAGCCCGGGGAGCCCGAAUCCUUUCGGAGGAUAAAAAACAGCUUUUACAGCUCAAUAGUGAGACCGGAGACCUCCUUAUAAAAGAGAAACUGGACCGGGAAGAACUAUGCGGCCUCACCGAGCCCUGUGUGGUACCUUUCCAGAUCUUAAUGGAAAAACCUUUGCAGUUCUUUCGGGCUGAGCUCCAGGUCGAAGAUAUAAAUGACCAUUCGCCCACAUUCUUAGAUAUGAAGACAUUUUUGAAAAUAUCAGAAAGUACUCCAUUGGGGACAACGUUUCCCCUGACUAUCGCUCAGGAUAUGGAUGUCGGAAAAAAUGGUCUCCAAAACUAUACAAUAAGCCCAAACGGCUACCUCUUUCUUCGCACUGUCACUUAUAGUGAUGGGAGGAAGUAUCCAGAGCUGGUUUUGGAAAAAGCUCUGGAUCGUGAGAAGCAGCCGGAACUCACAUUAACCAUCACGGCCAUGGAUGGUGGGUCCCCAGUGAAGUCUGGCACCGCCCAAGUGCAGAUCACAGUUGUGGACAUCAAUGACAACACACCUGUGUUUGCUAAGCCUCAGUACGAAGUUCAGAUCCCUGAGAACAGCCCAGUUGGUUCUCUGAUUGUGACUGUCUCUGCUGAAGAUUUAGACGCUGGUAUCUAUGGAGAUAUAACUUACACCUUAUUCCAACCAACUGCAAAAGUCAGUCAAACGUUUGGAGUAGACCCUGUCUCAGGAGACAUACGACUAAAAAGAGAAGUAGAUUUCGAGGAAAUUCAAACGUAUGAUCUACAUAUUGAAGCGAUAGAUGGCGGCGGUCUUUCUACAAAGUGCAAUGUCUUGGUCCAUGUGACAGAUCUAAAUGACAACCCUCCAGAAUUGACAAUGUCGUCAUUUACCAGCAACAUUCCAGAGAAUUCCUCUGAGACUGUGGUUGCUGUUUUCAGCAUCCGAGAUCGUGACUCAAGGGACAACGGAAGGAUGACUUGUUCCAUCCAGGAAGAUCUCCCUUUCGUCUUGAGAAAACAAUUUGAAAAUAUCUACAUCCUCAUAACAGAAGAGACACUGGAUAGAGAGAAUAAGGCACAAUAUAAUAUCACCAUUACUGUUAAGGAUUUUGGGUCCCCAAGACUCAAAACUGAGCACAAUAUCACGGUGAUCAUCUCUGACAUCAAUGACAACCCACCAGUUUUUAAUCAGACAAGCUAUACACUCUACCUCCAAGAGAACAAUAGCCCUGCUCUUUAUAUUGGUAGUGUCAGUGCCAGUGACAGGGACACAGGGGCUAAUGCCAAAAUCACCUAUUCACUGCUGCCUCUAGAGGAUCAAAACCUGCCCCUUUUUUCCUACAUCUCCAUCGACUCAGAAAACGGCUAUCUUUAUGCCCUGAGAUCUCUGGAUUAUGAAGUCAUACAAACUUUCCAGUUCACUGUAAGGGCAACUGAUGGAGGCUCCCCAGCCCUGAACAGCAAGGCUCUCAUUCGUGUUGUGGUCCAAGAUGAGAAUGACAACUCUCCCUUUGUGCUGUACCCACUGCAAAAUGGUACAGCCCCCUGUAAUGACCUGGUACCCAGAGGUGCAGAGCCAGGUUACCUGGUGACCAAGGUAGUGGCUGUGGAUAGGGACUCAGGGCAGAAUUCUUGGCUUUCCUAUCAACUGUUUAAAGCUACAGACCCUAGUCUUUUCACUGUCUGGGCCCAUAAUGGAGAAGUGCAUACAGCAAGACCUUUCAGUGACAGAGAUGCCAUCAAGCAAAAGCUCUUAGUACUGGUGAAGGACAAUGGACAACCACCUCUAUCCACAGCAGUCACACUGAAUGUUAUCCUGGUUGAUGGCUUCUCUGAACCCUACAUUCAUCUCUCAGAUGCACCCAAGGAACAGGCCCAGAGUGACUCUCUCACUAUUUACUUAGUCAUUUCUCUGGCCUCUGUUUCUUUUCUCUUCCUAGUUUCCAUAAUCCUGUUCAUCUCAGUACACCUUUGGAAGAAAAAAAGAAAUACCUUAAACAAUGAAUACUUUGGAUCCCAUGGGCCUUCAUCGAGUCACUUGGUGGAUGUUAAUGGAACUGGGACCCUGUCCCAGAAAUAUCAAUAUGAGGUAUGCCUGGACAGUGGCUUAGGGAGCAAUGAAUUCAAAUUCCUAAAGCCCAUUAUACAAGUUCAAGGGUAUGGAAAAGAGGAAAAUCUGUCAUUUUAGAAUAGCUAUGGCAUAAAUUAAUGAUUCUGUCCUAUUAACAUGAUAAUUUUAAAUGACUUUUUCAUCUUUUUUAUUGCAUUGUACUAUAGCUAACUUUUUUGUGCCCCAUUUUGUUUCAUGUAAUCAGUUUAGUAAUGUAUUAAACUUGUUUUCUAGACAUCCAUAUAUAUACAUACAUAGUUAUUUUACUUAGAUUUAGAAGGGACUUUAGAUUGUUAUAUAGUUUAACUCUUUUAUCAUAUAAAUAAAAAAAAAAAAAAACUGAGACCCAGUGAAUUUAAGUGUCUUGUUAGGACAGAUCUAUUGCUUGUUGCUAAUGGAAAGAUGCAGUUUUUUUACAACAGUUUAUGUUGUUGGUGUGUUAAUACAGUGAAGCAGGACCAUUUUCACAUUUCCAUUGCAAAUGAAGGUUUGGCCACUAGUAGCAGAUAUUCUAAAACUGGAACUGUAUAGUGUUGAUUAGUGUGACUCCUGCUUAAAGAUGACAAAUUCAUUGAGCAUCCCACAUUUUGGAUAAAAUAUUUCAUAUACCCUGGCUCUUAAUUCUCUUCAUGUCUUUAUAUCAAAUAUGAAAUAAGGGAACCUUUGAAAAAUAUGUUUUCUAUGGUUACUGAAUAAUAUUUCACUGAAGUUUUUAAUAAUGUGGAUUAAGUAGUUACAGGAGAUAUAAUUUUGAUCUAAUGAUAUUUUCAAGAUUUUUUUGAAACUUCUUGUAUUUUCUAUUGUAUUAAUGUAAGUUAAGGCUUUCCACAAAUGGUAUCACUGGUCCUAUGGAAUGUGCUUACAAAAUAUGAAAUGGUUAAAAAGUAAUUUGUUUUUGGAAAUUCUGGCUAUAAAUUAAAUGUUCAAGAAUCCAAAAAAAUUGUUUAGAAUUUUUCAGUGUAUGAAUGGUCACUAAUUACUAGUCAUUAACUGGACCUGAAAUUAUGAUUUGUUUGAUGUAUCAAGAUUACCUACUACUGCUCUGCUUUCAUAACAGAGAUAAAUUCAGUCUCACAAGUUUUCACUUAGGUUGGCACCAUACAUUUGAGUCUUAAUUGGAAGGGGAGAUUUGGGAAGACAUAAAAAUGCACAUUGUCAGAAUAAAGGCACAGGCAAAAGGAAAAGAAUGUAAAAAUAAAGGGAGUGAGAAAGGAUAGAAUAAAGAGACCAAAAGUGAUAAAGAAAGAAAAAAAGAAAAGAAGAAGAGAAAGUGCAGAUCAAGAAAAUGUACUACAUAUGCUAAGGAUAGGCUUAGGUAUCAUAGGUCAACUUCAGGGUUUUUCUCUCCAUUGUUUUAUAGCGAUUAGGCAACUCUGUGAUAAGGAUAUCUAAAAGAUUUUAAAGAAAUCCUUUGAACUAUGAAGAAAAAAAACCCUAUAAAUCUCAUUUCAGAAAUCCAAUACACAAGGUUUUAAGACAACUAGAAUUUCACUUCUAUUAUUGAAGUUCACAUAGACUGAAAUAAUGUAUAAAGAGCAGGAUUUGGAGGAAAACGUCAAGUCUUUCCUCUGGAAUUCAUGGAACUGUGUUACUAAAGGCAAGUCACAUAGCAAGUCAAUUGUCCCAGAUAAUGGACCUAUGAUUUCUUAUAUCCAGGAGUUCUUUCCAGUGAUGUAAAUCUUAAUACACACAUGCAGCCAUUCUGUGUGAUUCUAGUGUAUCUUCUUCCAAAAUUUUGCAACAGGAGAUGCAACAUGCAGAAGCACUUUCUUGUCCCAAUGGUAUCAGAGCAUUUUGGCUGUCUACCUAUCAUCUUUUCCUCUUGCCAUGUAUCCAGAUUAUUUUCUUUUCUUAUCAUGUGAUUUCUUGAUGAUGUACUUCUGUUUUUCUUCAGAGUCUCUUGGUUCCAAGUUUCAGCUAGAUCACAAUCAUUAUCUGCUGCUUUUCCAUUUAUCUCUGUGUGAUAUAUUCAAGUUUUGUUUUUUAGAGGCACUGCUAUGCCUUUCUUAUAACAGAUAGCAAUAAAAUUUUCUGAUUCUAUAAAUUACAAAUGAACUUCACCCUGUGUUUUUCUUUUAGCCUUUUAAAGAUUUCCCUAUAGAACUGUAAUUAAAGCUCUGGAGUCUCCCUCCACCUCAACUAGCGGAAGUUUAAAUAAACAUGAGCCAAUCAACUUUUGACUUCAUGGAGAAGGAAGAUGAGAAAAAGUUAUUAAAUAAGGGACUCUAAAAUGGAAUUUUACCUUAAUGAUUUAAAAGUAUACACAUAUCACCAUACUCUGCAAAGUAGCAAAAAUGACCUGAGAUGUCAAUGAUUGGAGAAUCACAGGAAGACAAGAAUGCAAUUAGUGAAUUCAUGAAUUGGUCUUACCAUUUUGUAAAACAAUUUGCAACUCUGUGGGGAAAGAAAUCACUAAAAUGUUCAUUCUCCUUGAACUAAUGAUGUUACUACUGGGAGUUUUCAGAUCUUAUUGAAAAAUCCCUUAUAGUUUCUCCAGUUUGGAUUGAAAGUCCAAGAUAUUAAUGAUCAUCCACCCAUGUUUCUGGACACUGAGAUGCUCCUGAAAAUAUUAGAAAGUACAACGCCCGGAAUUUUAUUCCUACAAGAAACUGCACAGGAUUUAGACGCAGGGAGAAAGGACUACAAAAUUAUGCAGUUAACCUUAACUUCUAUUUCCAUAUUAAAAUCCGAAAAGAUGGGAAGGGUGGGAAAUACCAGGAGCUCAUUUUAGAUAAAGCACUGGAUCGGGAGGAGAGUCCUGAGAUAAUCUUAAUCCUCUUUACUUUGGAUAAAGGAUCUCCACCCAGGUCUGGCACUGCCCUAUCGGGUUCUAGUUGUUCAGCCUUGAUAUGAGGUUCAUAUCCCUGAGAACAGCCCCAUUUGCUGCCUAGUUGUUACAGUCUCUGCUAGAGAUUUCGGCACAGGAAUUAAUGGAGAAAUAACAUAUACAGUUUUCCAUUCCUUGAAAAGUAUACGCAGAACUUUUCAAAUCAAUCCCAUCACUAGGGACCUAAUUCUUGGGGUAAAUCUGAAUUAUGAGACAAUUCAAGAUCACAUAGUGAGAAUUCAAGCCACUGAUGGAAGGAGCCUUUCAGAGGAAUAUACUGUAUUUGUCCAGGUGACCGAUCUGAACGACAAUCCCUGGAACUGACCAUGUUGUUAUUAACCAGUCCUGUUCCUCAGUGGCCACCUGAAAAUUCACCUUACUGUUGUUGCUAUUUUCAAGUUCUGAUAUCCAGAUUCUGGGGAUAAUGGAAAGAUGUUUUGUUUCAUCCAGGAUCAUCUCCCUUUCAACUUGAUACAACUUGAUUCAACUUAAUACAGAGAGCUCUGGAUAGAAUACAAGAUAACCAUUCCAGCACAGAUUUAGGUUCCCCCAAGUUUGAAAUGGAGUACAAUAUCAUUGUAAUGAUCUCUGACAUCAAUGAGAAUCCUCCAGUAUUUAAUCAGACAGCUUACAUAUUUUAUCUCAGGGAGAACAAUAGCCCCACGUUCACAUUGGUAACAUCAAUGCCAGUAACAGAAACUUGGGGACUAAUGCCAAAGUCACCUAUUCACUGCAGCCUUCAGAUCCUAGAGACUUACCUAUCUUCUCCUACAUCUCCAUCGACUCUGACAAUGGACUUCUUUGUGCUCUGAGAUUACAAAACCCUGACAACUUUCCAGUUCAUUGUGUGAGCAACCGAUGAAGGCUCCCCUGCUCUGAGUAGCCAAGCACUUAUUCAGGUUGUGGUACUUGAUGAGAAUAACAACUCUCCCUUCCUUCUGUAUCCUUUUCAAAACAGCACAAUCCCCUGAAAUGACUUGGUACCCAGUGCUGCAGAACCAGGUUACCUGGUCACCAAGAUAUUUGCUAUGGACAGAGAUUCAGGGCAAAAUCCCUGGCUUUCCUAUCGGUUGCUCUUCACCUUCUUGGUUCAUAAUAGGGAAGUUUGAAUAACAAGGCCUAUCAGUGACAGAUAUUUCAUCAAAUAGAGGCUCUUGGUGCUGAUGAAGGACAAUGCCAAACAACCACCUCUGUCCUCAGUAGCCACACUGAACGUGGUUUUGGUGGAUGGUUUCUCUGAAUCGUAUAUGAAGCUUUCAAAUGAGCCCAAAGAUGAGCCACAGAAUGAUUACCUCACAAUUUAUUUAAUCAUUUCUUUAGCAUCAGUCUCCUUUCUCUUUUUAAUCUCUGUCAUACUCUUCAUCAUUGUGUGCCUGUGAAGAAGAAAAAGGGAAGCUGUAGAGUAUAUGCAAACUUUGGCACUGGAGGCUCCUUUCUAGGACACUUAGUGAAUGUCAGUGACACUGGGACCUUGUUGUAAAGCUACCAGUAUGCGAUGUGUCUGACCAGUGGUUUAGAAGGAGACAGUCAAGUUCUUAAAGUCAAUUAUCCCCAAUCUCUCUGCUCAGAUUACUCAGAAGCAUCCUGAGAAAAUCAUAGCUUUCCCUAUCAGUAUUGGGCUCAGUUAGAAAUUGAAAAAGAAUGUUUUCAAGAAU